AGGCGCCGCUGAGCCUCUCUGCACGGAACCCACCCCUUGCCACGAAAAAACGCUUCCUUUUCUUGCCAAAAGGUCUCCUCUCCUUCCUUCCCCUUGUUCGAUUGCCCUUGGCGGCAGGCGGCAGCGUGCAUCUGAGUUUUUCCCUCCUUCCUAUCCACCGCGGCAACACAACAGAGACCCCGUCUGUUGGUAAGGAGUAGGUACUAGGUAGCGCGCGCCAGUGGGGAGGGGCGAAGAGGGGCAAGGCGGAGGAGGCGGAAGCGGAGAUGCACAAGAGCAAGGGGAAGCUCUCCGGCGUCCUGCACAAGGGCUUCAAGCCCGACAAGUGCAAGACGUCGCUGCGGAUGGCGGUGGCGCGGAUCAAGCUGCUGCGGAACCGCAAGGAGGUGCAGGUGCGCCAGAUGCGCCGCGACCUCGCGCAGCUGCUCGAUGCCAACCAGGACCAGACCGCGCGCAUCAGGGUUGAACAUGUUAUAAGGGAAGAGAAGUUCAUGCAAGCAUAUGAUUUAAUUGAAGUAUACUGUGAACUUAUAGUGGCACGUCUUUCCAUUAUCGACUCACAGAAGCCCUGCCCAAUUGAUCUGAAGGAGGCAAUAGCCAGUGUUAUAUUUGCGUCAAUGAGGUGUGCAGAUGUCACAGAACUAGUGGAUGUCAGGAAGCAUUUCACAAGCAAGUAUGGAAAAGAGUUUGCUGCUGCAGCACUUGAAGUGCGACCAGACAGUGGUGUAAACCGUCUGACAGUUUAUAUACAAUUAUACUGGAUACAGGUAAUCGAAAAGCUGUCAGCAGGAGCACCUGAUGUACAGACCAAAAUCAAAACCUUAAGCUCAAUUGCUGAGGAGCACAACAUCAAAUGGGAGCCAAAAGCAUUAGAGGAGAAAUUGCAGAAGCCAAAUGAAGAUCUUUUGCAUGGCUCCGCAACAUAUUAUGGAGGAGGGUCAUCUGCUUCUAGCAUGUCAACACCACAACCUACAUAUUCUGCUGUUAGUGUGGCAACUGUGGACUCAGCCACUCCCCGUGUGCCAACGGGACCAUAUUCACCUGCAGAGGUCUCAGCAAAUAACGCUUUCUCACAAGAAAACAUAAGGGGUUCCAAUGCUCCAGUGCCUCCUAGCUCCCAACUUGGUGCAUCUACUUACUCUUCAACACAAAUUCCUGGUUCUAACAAUUUAUCACAUGGAAAUCCUGGAGGUCCAAGUGUUUCUAGACCUUACUCUCAAUAUGAUGCAUUGGACCCAGACACAGUGUCCAGGAACGAAGAGAUCAAUCGGCCUAGGGAAAGAAAACCUUCGGUGAGCGGUGCAAACUGGAACGUGGAAUUCAAGGAUGCAACAUCUGCUGCACAGGCAGCAGCGGAGUCUGCAGAGAUGGCAAGCAUUGCUGCUAGAGCUGCCGCUCAACUUGCUAGUCGUGGAAACUAUUCUGGAGAGCAAAACACUGGAGGUUUUGAGUCAGCUGCAUACACUCACGAAAAUACACUGAGGAAGCAACCAACUGAGCAAUUAGUGAAGGAUGAUAAGAGGAGUUUUAAUGACCAUGGUUCAGGUAUUAAUGAUCCAAGGGUGAUCUCAAGUAAUGCAAAAAAACAUUUUGGAGGAGCAGAAACAAGCUGUGCUGAUAGUCAGAAUAUGUCAACAGCUUACACCCCAGCUCAAGACAGCCACUCUUAUAGUCCUGAAAAUCAUGCGUAUGUUUAUGAAAUGCCAACAGAACCACCUCGUGCUCAUUCACCCGAGCGUCCACAUUUCGAUGAUUUAUAUGAGAGAGAAAGCAAUAUUGGAAGACGCCGCAAGAUGCUCCACUCUUAUAGUCCUGAAGUUCAUCUAUUUGAUUUUUCCGGGGAGAAGUUGCAAGAUGCUGCACUUGGUGGGCGCAAUGUCAAGGAUGAGGAGACCAUGCAAGCUAGCUCUGAUCAAGAAGGCACAAAUGACUACUAUGGCAACUUUAGUUCUUCACAUGGUACGUUUACCCAUGGCAGCAGUAAUAUUCGGGACAACCAGAAUGCUAAAACUCAAGAUAAUUAUUCAUCCGUUCUUUUUGAUCAAUAUGAUUCUGAUGUUGAACAAGAAAAUUUGUUUGAUACUUUCUCAACCGCAGAUUGGAGUCAACAGUGGAGAAGUGAAUCUCCAACUAACCAGAGAACUUCAAUGCAAUUUUCCAGAACAGAAACACAACCAUCUGAUAACUCAGAAGCAAACAGAAGGGAUAUUCCUUCACCUCAUUCUUAUGAUAAGUUGCCUCCUACUUUUGAUUCAGAUGAUGGCAGCUCUGAUAAGGAAAUAACCACAACCACGCAUGCAGAGUCUUUAAGGUCACAUUCAAGAGGAUCUACUUUUUCUAGCUUGGGCAAAGAAGCUAAUAGAAUAUCUGGAAAGUUUGGCCCUGAUGUUAACGAAAGUAUUGAAGAUUAUGAAUCUAGAUCCAGGAAGGUGUACGGGGCAGCACCUGGUCGUAAUGUAUCAUACAAGGAGCAACGCAGUAGUGGACCUGGUGGUUCACCUGGAUUCGGUUAUUCAGGAGCACAGGCACAGAGGAAUUUGAACCGUGUACAAAGCAGAGAUUCUGAUCUUUCAGAUGAAGAAACAGAGCCAGAUAAAUUGCAAGGUGCAUCCUCAGCAGGAGCAAAUGAGAAUCAGUCGAUGCCUUUCAGCAUGCAAACUUCAGCAACAUCUGAUGAUAAGGACAAAGGUGAUCUUGGCCUGAACUUUGGAAGGUUAACUCCUGGACUAAGAAACAAACCCAGGCAACCUCCACCAUACACCAAAAACUCCAGGGAGAGCCUGCUGCCAAGGCAGUCCUUGCAUAAGGCUUCUGCCAGCAUUGAAGAAUCAGAUGAUUCCAAAGAGAAUAUUACUUCAUCCAGACAGACCAGAAAUGCCCCAACAAGCUCACGCUCAACCAGGGCUUCUAUAGGUGGAACUUACAAUGGUGAACUUCAUGACAGGAAUCAAAGUGUUGGAACAAGCAGGGAAGCAAGAUCAACCGCACCAAGAAAUUCCUUUGAUUCAGAUGGUACUGGGAAGUUAGCUGAAGAAUCUGGUAAUACAAGUCCUAUCACAACUAAGAGUUCUGAACGUGCGAAUUCCAGUCAAGGACUUUAUAAUGAGAAACCAGGUAUGGGAGCUCACAGAGAAAUGAGAUCAAGAAUGGCCAGGAAUUACUUUGAUUCAGAUGCCAGUGAGGAAGAACCAGAACAACAACAGACUCUGCAAUCAAAGCGGUCUGGAGAGCAGAUACAAUCAUGCAGGACUCGGGAGGUAACAUCAGACACAAAGAUAGAUGGUCGUGUCCGUACUGGAGCACAAUAUGCUGAUGAAACUGAAAGCAUGCCAAAGGAUACAAAAGUCACUCAAGUACGGAAUUCAAGUACUGAACGAAGGAGGGAUGCACCUGUAUACUCCAGGGUUGCAGUACAACGAUCUUCACCUGAAACUGAGCACGUUGAAUCUCUGAUGGCUAGAGGGAAGUCACAAGAAGCUGAACUGGAUAAAAGUUCUGUUCCAGAAAAUGAGGGGAACACAGAAACCUCAGCAAAAACUCCAAAAGAAAGCACCCCAAGAACUGCCCCAGCACAUGUUCACCCCAAGCUUCCAACAGACUAUGAUUCGUUUGCUGCACAUUUUUUGUCUCUUCGAACCAACCGCCGCUAGGUUUGCACAUACAUACAGCUUGAAGUUUCACAUAAAUUACGUCAUGUUUACAAUAGACCAUGUUACGAUCUAGAAAUUGAGUUGAGAUCUGUACAGUAUAGCAACAGAGAUGUUAUUCCGGAUUCCGUUGCGAUGCCUUUUUUUGAGCUUACUAUUCUUUUGUUCUCUUUUGGCCCCCUAUAUUCAUCUGAUUUUUAUACUGUGAAGACUUCCCUGUUAGUGUAACUAAUAAGCACUGUAUAGAACUUCCCGGGGUUCUUUCAUUUCAUUUCAUUCCAUUGUGACUGAAGCCGAACCAUGUUUGGUACGUUCAUGCUAUGCAUGAAUUUUGGAAGAUAUUGUUCCGUGCAUUCUCUA